AGUGGACCAUCAUGGCUCUCUUCGAUCGUAUGAUCGGCGAAUGGAAGUACUAGCCAUCAAGGGCGCAUGGCUAGAUUUUCCCGACGCACAUGACAAGCGCAAGUCGUUUCUCCUCAAUGUCACCAGUGACGCGUCGUCUCUCUCAAGAGUCAUCUCAUUGUGAUGACUACGGGAAUGAUCAAAAAUUGCGCGCGAGCAUGUGCAAGGUGUCGCUCGAGAGAGGCAUUGACGGCGAUGACGACACGGUGGACACGUUGCGCUACCGGAUGACUGGCUGUGGGAUGCUCAGCUGGUUGCUGUUGGGUGGUCCUAUUGCCGUCUGUGCGUACAAGACGAUUACUGCUGUUGAACUCGCCCACAUGCGACCUCUUUUGCCUCUUGAUACAUUCCUUUCCGCUGAUUUCCAGCUUAGCAGCUGCUUUGCUCCUCAGACUCUGGGUGCUCUGCCAGGUAUUGCAUGAUGCGACGGUGGAGCUAGGUAACGCAUUUCAGUGAGCAUCAACCCCGAUGCUCUCCGCGUGCCAUCCCCUAUCCUUACUGACCGCGUUCUC